AGCUGCUCUGGGAGCCAGUCGCGCCAAGAGCGCAGAGCCCAGGAGUCGCGCGUGUGGAGGGUGCUCGGGCGGGCGACGCGGGACCUCUAGGGCCAUGGCAGCACCCCCUGUCAGAGGAAAAAGGAAGCAGUCAGAGGAGGGUGACCCUGUAGAUGCCCCUGUGUCCCCUAAUCCUGAUGGUGAGCAGAGCAGGAGUCAGAGCCCGAUCCAGCUGGAGGACUCCCCCGAGGCAGGCGGGGAGCGGGAGGAGGAGCAGGCCUUCCUGGUCAGCCUCUACAAGUUCAUGAAGGAGCGGCACACACCCAUCGAAAGGGUGCCCCAUCUUGGCUUCAAGCAGAUUAACCUGUGGAAGAUCUACAAGGCCGUAGAGAAGCUGGGGGCCUAUGAGCUGGUGACCGGCCGCCGCCUCUGGAAGAAUGUCUAUGACGAGCUGGGGGGCAGCCCAGGCAGCACGAGCGCGGCUACGUGCACACGCCGCCACUAUGAGAGGCUGGUCCUCCCAUAUGUGCGGCACCUGAAGGGGGAAGAUGACAAGCCACUGCCCCCCUCCAAGCCCAGGAAGCAGUACAAGAUGGCCAAGGAGCCAAGGGGGGAUGACGGGGCCACUGAGCAGGUGAAGAAAACCAAAGAGGAGAGGCAGGUGGACCAGGUGACACCAGGAAAGAACAAAACGGAUGCCACUGAACUGGCUCCACUUCCCAGCGAGGCGCCCCCUAGGCGUAGCAUGGAGCAGCCAAGCCCAGCUCCUGGGUCCUCCUUGCCCUUCAUAGGUGCUGGUGUCUGCCCUGAGGCCUACAAGCGGCUCCUGUCCACCUUCUACUGCAAAGAGACUCAUGGUGUCAUGUCACCUCUGGCUAAGAAAAAGCUCCUAGCCCAGGUCAGCAAGGCAGAGGCCUUGCAGUGCCAGGAGGAGGGCUGUCACCAUGGGGCAGAUGACCCUGACAGGAAGCUCCUAGAGAGUUCCUGGAGCCCGAGAGGGCUGGCUGAGAACUCAGGGUGCCAGCGGGCCCCACUGGAGGGGUUGCAGGCCCCAGGAAACAGCCUGGGGGCAGAGACUCCAGGAGUCCCCUGCUCUACGGCUCCCAUCUUCAUGGGCUCUUUCCACACCUACCCCACUGAGGUGCUGAAACCUAUCAGCCAGCACCCCCGGGACUUCUUCUCCAGCCUAAAAGACAGGCUGCUGCUGGGAUCCCCUGGCAAAGGAGAGGGGCUUUCAGCCAAAAAGGCCCAACUGGUGUGGGGCGGGGACGCCAGCCGCCCUUCUGCAUUCCACAAAGGCACCUCCAGAAAGAGUAGCUUCUACCCCAAGCCCAAAGCCUGCUGGGUGCCCCCCAUGGCCAGAGUCCCUGCUGAGAGCCCUGUGCCCCUGCCUGCUGUCCCUAGAAGCCCAGGCCUUGGCAACAAGCGCAGCAUGGAUGAGGAGGGCUUUGCCCAUGGUGGCAGGAAACUGCGAGCAGUGUCUCCUUUCCUGAAGGAGAUGGAUGCCAAAGAGUGCAGGCCGAAGCCCUUGGUGCCCGACAUGGCUGUCUCCUGCCUGCUGGGCCCAGCCCUGGGGCCUGCCCCACCAGAGGCUUACCGGGGCACCAUGCUGCGCUGCCCGCUCAGUUUUGCUGGCACCCCAGACCCACUAAAGGGCCAGGCCACACUACCCUUCAGUCCCCUGGUCAUUCCGGCCUUCCCAGCCCACUUCCUGGCCACUACUAGCCACUCACCCAUGACCACCAGCCUGGUGCACUUCCCCCCAGCAUCUUUUGACAGUGCCCUUCGCCAUAGACUGGGCCCAGGGUCGCCUGCCUGGCAUGUGCCACCUGUCACAACCUAUGCAGCGCCACCCUUCUUCCACUUAAACACCAGGCUGUAGGUCUGUGCCCGUCACACCGUGCUGUGCUGUGGAGGGUUGAGAUGCCCAGAGAUGGACAGGCACUGCUAGGCAGCUCACUGCCUAGGACAUGUGGGCCAAGCAGCCUGGCACAAGCAAGGUGGCAAAAGGAAAACUGGGUUUGUCUCAAGGAAGCAGCUGAGCCCAGAGCCUGGGGACCCAGGUGGGACCAGGCCUUGGGAGAGGAUGAGCAGGUUGGCAGUGCCCACCUGGCGCCUUCAGUGCGGAAACCAGGAGUCAGGUGAGGGUCCGAGGAGCCCAUUGCAGUUCAAGGUGCCCAGAUGCCCACGGAAAUCCAGUAAAAAGACACUGCCAGACCUUUGCAAGGGCAGGUGGGCAGGACGACUUGUGGGGCCACUCACAUGGGAGCCUGGGAGAUGAAGAGGUGCCAUCCAGUGGUCUGGAUGCCACCACCUCACGGAAGAGCAGCCCAAGCAAAGCCUGGCCUCCAUGCUCAUUCCAUAGGCCUCCUGGAGGAUCUGGUAUCUUCGACUUGCUUUCUUAGAGCUCAUAGCCCUCCUUACAACCCUAGGUGGUCGAAGCACUGAGCUGACCCCAGGACUCCUGGGCUCCAGGACAGACAUGCCCGUCUGCUUACCGGCUCUGGAGAGGGAAGUCACUUGCUUUGAGAAGUCUUGCCCUGUUGCCUAGGGUGGUCUCAAAUUCCUGGGCUCAGUGGUUCCUCUGCCUCAGGUUUUGAAACAGCUGGGACCUGAGGGUGUAAGCAUGAAGCCUGAGUCAGACUGCCAUGGUCGUGGACGGAGACCCGUGGGUUCUGUUACUGAAUUUGGUGGCCAUCACCACCCACCUCCACUUACUACACCACACGGACAGCCAUCAAGGCUGCUGGGGUCCUGGAGUGCUGAGGGAGAGGAGCGGCUAGGUGCUGCCUGGGCAUCUGGUUUGGCAAUAAGCACCUGUGAGUUUCAGGUGCUUGCCCCCGGGGAUCAGCAUUUGCUGAGGACAGCUUCACGCUAGGUCCCAGAAAGGCAGUGCCCACUAACCUGGGGGAUGCCAGGAUGACCCAAGGGCCAGGUUGGCAGAUGGCCUCUGACCUGUGUUCCAGAUCCCGAUCUACUCUCUGAGACCAGGCCACAGGGAUGCUCUGAUUGCAGGCCACACCCCCUUAGUCACAGUGGGAGGUUGAAACCAGGAGUGGGGUGGGGAUCAUUGGGGAUGACCGAACCCAGGUCAGAGCACACAGAGCAAGCUGCUGCCAGAGAUGGGUGGCCAGGGCAGGAAGGCAGCUGCCUGUGGGGGAGCUUGGACCAGGUGCCCCACAAGGAAGGCCAGCAGCAGGGUGCCAGUUGCUGACAUGUGAGAACGGACAGGCUCUGCAGGGGCCUUUCCCGUUUCCCUGCCUCGCUCCUGGGGGACCCAAGGUUGCCAGCCUGAGUACCUGCAUGACCACCCCUGAGCUACUGACCCUGCAUGCACCACAUGCUGCUCCUUUCUCCGAGCCUGGAGAUGCCUGUAGGUGACAGAGAAGAGAGACAGCUCUGACCACACUGCAGGCAGAUGCCCUGGGUACUGGGCUGCAGCUCAUGGGGAUUGCAUCCCCUGCAUAAGGAGGAGGUCAGGGCUGCCUGUUGUGGGGUGUCUUGGCUCAGUCAGGGUCCCCUUAUUUGCAAAGAAAUGUCAGCCUCACCCUCAGGGUGGAGGACUGCUCAGCGCUGGGACGGGGGCGCCCUCUGGAGGCAGGUCUGGAGAACGCGCUUCUCAGCCUCUGCAUCCUGAGCUGCGGAUACCUGGGUGGAAGGGGCGCUGGCGCGAGUUUAAGUGCUGAAGACGCAAGAGCUGGGUGCAAGCUGGAUUUCCUGGGAAAGCUCUGAGGCCCUGAGCUCCAGCAUGCUGGCCUUACACGGUCCUUCUGGCUCAUCCGAUCUCCACGAUCCCCCGGGGGAGGGACUGUCCCAUUUACAAACGAGGACACUGGGCCCAGAGGGAUGAGGCCCUCUGGAUACCCGUCUGUGCCACCUUACUUACCACAUUCCUUUGCUGCGUCCCUGAUAGGCUGCCCUGGGGACCCACAGUCCGGCAGGGUUAACAGGGCCCAUGUGUGGGGUGUAAAUUGUAUUUCAGGGCUAUUUUCAGCACCCCUUCCAAAAUGCCAUUGGUGUUCGAGCUGCUGAUAGUGUCAGGGAGCAGAGGCCACUUCAGAAGAGCGCUGAUUGCUCUCCGUGGUCAUGACCGCCUUCCCUGGUGACAGCGGAAGUGUGGGCAGGGACAGGUGUGGGACCGUGAAUCGGACGGACACUCAAGGCCCCGCCCUCCUGAAGCAGGCGCUGCGAGUGAGGCAGGAGAGAAGCUAAUGACGAAAUCAGUGUCUGGGGGACAACUUGGACCAGGAGCAGGGAAUGCAGUUUUUUGUUUGCUUUUGGGGUUAAAAUAUGCUUGCCAUUGUCACCAUUGUAAGUGUACAGUUCCGUGGCAUUAAAUAUAUGCUCACUGUGUCAGUGUCA